UGUGGUGAUAACUGUGUAAUGCAGUACAUCCAGCGAGGAAACGAUCGUCCGUGUUUCUUCGAGCAGUUUGUGUAGGCGGUAAUCCCGAAUUGCGUUCCCGACGAGGCCACCGCGCAACCCUUCCAAGCCGACGCAGUCCGGACUGAAGACUGCAGAUUGGAUGGAAAAUGGGAAAGAUCGGCCAAUUCCCGCUCCUACGUCGAGCCACCGCCGCGGGCAGCGAGCUCCCUGUGGCGCAGCUGCUGACACUUGAUGGCGAGAGUGGGCGGACCCCCAGGAGCUGCCUACCAGCGCUUUCAUUUCAGCCUCCGUUUCCUCUCCCUCGCUCUCUUUUUCUCUCUCCUUUCCACUCCCAAAAAGUCCAGAAGAGUCCAGCGAGGAGAAGAUGCAAAGGCCUGUUUGCUCAGACUGAUGGCUUCCUAACAGAAAAGACAAACAACAGUAAGUCUAAUCCACAUUUUGUGUAUCAUUCUUUUAAAACCAGCAGCCAUGCAGACAUUUAAAGUUUGCGUCGGCUUGCAUCUUUGCAUUGAGACACGGUGCGUGUCCGGAUUGGAGCGACAUCACUCGCAAAGGGCAAAUCAGCCAAUCAUUACAAAGGGAAAAGCAUCGUGGUGUUUUUGUUUCUCUUCAGUGUAUUCUUCGUUUGACAGGAGCCUCGUUUUCACAAAUAACAGAGGGGUACUGGAAAGACACAAGUCUGUGCUCCUCGGCGUUUUAAAGGCGUUCGUCACCUCAAGUACUCAAAGACUACGAAGAAGAUUGUGUGUAUGUAUGUGUGUGUCCAAUGAAGGCAGAUUUUGGAGGGUGUACAACAGCACAAUGAGACAUGCAACCAGAACGCGACCGACUGUAGUAUUGUUGCGUUUGCAUGCAUCGCAAAACUUUCCAUCUCCGCCUUCUUGUGGGUCGAUGCAGGUGCGCAGCUCCUUGGGAAGCGACAAAGGUCAUGGAAGGUAAAGAGGCCGCACGCCAUGUUGUCUUUGCCCUGCUGGCUGCCGCGGUGCGAUGCCAAGUCAACCCAGAAAUGUGUCGCUAUCCUCUGGGUAUGACCGGUGGGCAGAUUCAGGAUGAGGACAUCUCCGCUUCCAGUCAGUGGUCAGAGUCGACCGCUGCAAAAUUUGGGAGACUGGAUUUUGACAACGGCGACGGCGAUGGUGCCUGGUGCCCUGACAUCUUGUCAGAAUCCGACGGCCUUAGAGAAUAUCUCCAAGUGGACCUACGCUCGCUCCAUUUCAUCACACUGGUGGGCACUCAAGGGCGCCAUGCUGACGGCAUGGGUAACGAAUUCGCCCAGCGAUACAGGAUCAAGUACAGCCGGGACGGCAGCAAUUGGGUGGGCUGGAGUGAUCGGAAGGGGCGGCAGGUGAUUGAGGGGAACAGGAAUGCGUACGACGUGGUGCUGAAGGAUCUGGAGCCUCCCGUCGUCGCUCGACAUGUGCGCUUCAUGCCCGUGACUGACCCCUCCUUGAUCGUCUGUAUGAGGGUUGAGCUCUACGGCUGCGAAUGGCUCGAUGGCCUGAUGUCUUAUAGCAUCCCAGAGGGACACCAAAUGAUCUACCGGGGCCUGGAUGUCUCCUUCAAUGACUCCGUGUAUGACGGAGCAUCAACUGAAAACAAUCUCCCGACUAGACUGACAAAGGGUCUGGGCCAGCUGACGGAUGGAACUUGGGGUCUGGGCGAUUUUCUCGACAGUCACAUCUACGGCAUGUGGCCGGGGUACGACUAUGUGGGCUGGAGCAACAGGAGCUCCCCCAAAGGUUACGUGGAAAUGACCUUCGAGUUCGACCACGUGCGAAACUUCACCUCCGUGAAGGUUCACUGUAAUAAUAUGUUCAGUCGAGGGGUCCGGAUGUUCAGACAGGCCACCUGUUAUUUCCGCUCGGGCGCCAACUGGGAGUCUGACCCGGCGACCUUCAGGCCACCUGUCGAUCACGUGAGCCAAAGUGCCCGUUUUGUCACCGUGCCCCUCGGGGACCAGACUGCCAUCGCCAUCAAAUGCCGUUUUCACUUCAGCGACCUCUGGAUGCUGUUCAGUGAAAUCGCCUUCCAGUCAGGCUCAGCGGUGUACAACACAUCUUUGACUCCUCGUAAACACGGACACGCAACUAACACGCUGCCAGGGGACGAUCCAACUCACAAAGUGGAUGACAGCAACACCAGGAUCCUGAUUGGCUGCUUGGUGGCUAUUAUCGCCAUCCUUUUGACCAUCAUAGUCAUCAUCUUGUGGCGGCAGGUGUGGCAAAAAAUGCUCCAAAAGGCCUCACGGCGAAUUCUGGACGAGGAACUCACAGCGCGUCUUGCGGUUCAGACUCGGGCCUUUUCCUUCCACCACUCCUCUCUGUCCUCCUCUCUCUCCACCACCAACUCCACCUAUGAGAGGAUCUUCCCCCUUUGCUCCGACUACCAGGAGCCUUCCCGCCUCAUCCGGAGGCUGCCCGAGUUUGCGCAUUUCACCGAACACCUGGGACUGAGCGGCUCCUACAGGACUCUCGCGCCCGGCGGUUCCGACGGCGUCCCCCACUACGCAGAGGCCGACAUUAUCAGCCUGCAGGAGUCAGACGGCAACAGUCACUCCGUCGCAGCUGGCAACCUGAGGAUCUUCGCUGGCGUAGAUCCGGCCAUGAGAGAGUUCCCCCGAGACAAACUCACGUUCAAAGAGAAACUGGGAGAGGGCCAGUUUGGCGAGGUCCACUUGUGUGAAGCAGAAGGCAUGCGGUCCUUUUUAGAUGACGACUCAUCUGGAGAAGGGACUACUAACCAAGCGUCCCUACUAGUAGCUGUUAAAACACUGCGAGAAGAUGCCAACAAGAAUGCAAGGAAUGAUUUCCUGGAGGAGAUCCGAAUCAUGUCGCGCCUGAGGGACCCCAACAUCGUGCGUCUGCUGGCUGUAUGUGUGGACACGGACCCUCUGUGUAUGAUCACGGAGUACAUGGAGAACGGAGACCUCAACCAGUUCCUCUGCCAUCUCAGACUGAAGGACCUUGAUGAGGAACAUGAGGCGGGACAGCGGGAGAAAGAGGAGAAGCGCACGGUCAGCUACAGCAAACUGAUAGACAUGGCCGUGCAGAUAGCCUCUGGUAUGAAGUACUUGUCCUCGCUCAACUUCGUCCAUCGUGACCUGGCCACGCGGAACUGUUUGGUGGGGAAGAACUACACCGUAAAGAUCGCAGAUUUCGGCAUGAGUCGCAACCUGUACCGCGGGGACUACUAUCGGAUCCAGGGCCGAGCUGUACUGCCCAUACGCUGGAUGUCUUGGGAAAGCAUUCUGCUGGGUAAAUUCACCAUGGCCAGUGACGUGUGGGCCUACGGGGUGACUUUGUGGGAGAUCUUGACUCUUUGCAAGAAGCAGCCUUACUCCCACCUCUCUGACGAGCAGGUCAUUGGAAACACAGGCGAGUUUUUCAGGGACCAGGGCAAACAGGUGUACCUGCCUCAGCCGCCGUGUUGUCCCGAUGGAUUGUACGAUGAGCUGAUGCUGAGUUGCUGGAGGAGAAAUGCCAAACAGAGGCCGAGCUUUCAGGAUCUCCACGGGCAGCUGACGGAGAGCCUGCUGUAACAGACGCUGCUUUUUGUCUGCUAAGGUUCCGAAUUGUUCUGUACAAAUGUGGAGUCGCAAUCGAAGCCCGCAAACGUUAUCCAGUUGUUUUAAACUAGUUUGGGACAAAGGGACUGUUUAUAAUACAUGGGCAGAGUGCAACUGAACAUACCUUUAGGGAUGACCUUCUCAUAUUGAAUUACUCAAUGUAUUUAUUAUUUUGUACUGACAUUUGGUGUCUAUUUAUAGGUAAGAUUUAUUAUUGUUAGGGUUUGAAACAUAUUUGUGCAGAUUUUAUAAAUCAUAUAUUCUGCCCAUGAAUGUGUAAAAAAAAAAAAAAUGUAGAAAAAGUAAGCGUAGUUGUGACACCUUUUUAAAGAAAUGAAAUAAACUGCUUUAGAAUCC